UGAAAACAGUAAAACAGUACUAAAACAUUUUAUAUAUAAAGGUGAGCCAUUCAUUGUCCAUUGUGUUUCCAGAAUUCGAAAAAGAAUCAAGAGUCAAGAGUCAAGAAGAGACGAAAACAGCGUCACCAAUUUCUCAUUUUGUUCAAUUCGCCAUCUCACAACCGAUGUCCAUACAAUUGUCGAUUUGAUUUCUUCCUUAUCAAAGUCACACCCAAGAGGCUUCAAGGCGCAUAUUUCCCCGCACUUACCAUAUAUCCAAUUAUACUUAUCUUAAGAUCAUUCCUCCUAUAUCGCAUAGCCUCUUCUAUUUUGUCCAGCUCUUUUUCAAUAUCUUCGAACAAAAUGCCGGUUUCAAGUGCACUCUCUGGUUCGGGAACAAUUGCUAGUUAUGCCAAGAAGAUCAAUUCAACGAAGCGACCAGAUGUCGAGAUUCAUCUAGAUGAUCAUCAUGACGGAAAACCCUAUACAACAUUUGAUGCUUUGUCAGGCAAUGCCACAUUCACAGCUCCUCAUGAUGCAAAAUUCGAUGAGAUCCAAAUCACACUCGAAGGCGUUACUCGAACAUAUGUCGAACACAUAUCUCAGUCCAGCGCAACAUCUAGAACAACAGCCAUCCACAGAUUUCUGAAACUCAUCAUGCCAAUUCGAGAAGCCGCAUAUCCUCAACCACGAAUUGCUGAAGCCGGCAAAACAUAUAUCUUUCCAUUCAACUUUGUCAUCCCUGAACAACUCCUUCCAACUUCUUGCGCACAUCCUUGUGAUGCUGAUCAUGUCCAGAUGGCACAUCUGCAAUUACCUCCUAGCAUGGGCGAUCGCGAAGCAUCGAUACUAGAUGAUUUAUCUCCAGAGAUGAGCAAAGUUCUUUACUCAAUCAAUGCCAAGGUGAUCAAACACACCGAGUUUCCUAGGAAGCCGAUUUCUCUUGUCGAGGGUUCGAAGAAACUUCAAAUAAUACCAAUGGUGGCGGAAGCACCCCCUAUGAGUAUUUCAGCAAAUGACAAGAAUGAUUACCUGCUAUCGAAGACAAAGUCUCUUAGGAAAGGCAUGUUUUCUGGGAAAUUAGGAAAGAUAACUGUCUCGGCUGAUCAAACUGGAGCGAUUGUUCUCCCAUCCCCUGGAAGUUCCUCGGUGGCCACAACAAUGGCGACUGUCAAGCUACUAUUUGAACCACACAGUUCUAACUCGCAACCCCCUCGUCUUGGUGGUCUAGUUACAAAGAUCAAAGCAUCGAGUUUCUACGGCACCAAGCCGGCAAAAUCCUUCCCCUCCAGAUUGAGUAUGGACUUAAGCAUUGAGCCUGCCCGACAAGUUUAUCAGACGUCCGUUCCACUCUCUUCGAGGUGUGUCGAGCAAGUCUCGUGGGUGAAGCACUUGCCACAACCAGAUUUAUCCCGACGAGCUUCUACCGUAUCAUCAAGUUCGUCUGAUUACUCGGACAACUCACAAAUGUCGCUAAAGGCAAAAGAAAAGAUCUAUUAUACAGCCGAUAUUCUAGUCCCAGUUUCACUACCUUCAUCGAAGACUUGGGUGCCCUCAUUCCAUUCAUGUAUUGUUUCGCGAUUCUAUUCCCUUGAUCUUGCCUUGACCAUCCAUACUCCGGGGGCAGGCGUUCCAUCCUCCUCGGUCAAACUUUCUCUUCCAAUACAAAUCGCAUCUCAAGGCAGCCGCACCGCACCAGCCGUUCUUACCGCGGCAGAAGCCGCUGCUGAGCUAGCUAAUGUAGAUCAAUAUCUGAUGCCAAGAAUCAUUGAAAUACCAAGGGAGGACUUGGUUGAGAACAGUUUUUUGCAAUCUAGCUUUACUGUACCACGACCAGAGUUGCCUCCAAGCUAUGAGUACACUGAGCAUACUGAGCAAGCAAGCAGACAAGUUGAUCCAUCGAGGUGUUAAUUCGAAAUGUUGUGGUUUUGUAUGUUGUUGUUUUUUUACUUGAAUAAGAAGGAUUCAGAGGGAAGUAGUUAGAUUCUUCGUACAGUACACACAAAUCGGCGUCGGGGGAUUGGAGAUACUAAAAGUGCAUUGUUAUUUUGGGGUUUUGGGGUUUUGGGGUUUUGGGAAUUUGCUGGGAGUCACAUUUACGAGUACAAAUUAUACCCCAUACUUAGGUACUUACUUAUAGAUGAAUAAUAAUAAUAAUACUGUUCCAGAAUUAUCUUCUUCAUUCAUUGAUUCAUCGUGG